ACGGUAACCGUUACAUGUUUUCGUUUAUGACACUCGAUCGAUUCUGACACCGUUACAAUCGUGAACGGCGUGAACUAAAAUGGUAGGUAUUURAAUAUUAUAUUACAUUUAUGGAGUACUUCAAGUAUUAGUAUUUAGUACACUAGUACUAUACUUACAUGACGAUAAUAUCCCUUUCACGGAGUCCUUUCCGUUCAUAAUUGUGACUACAAUAACGACAAGCCUUAAAAAACCAUCAGUGAGCCGUUCCCUUAAAAGUAAAUCGUGUCGUUCACCACGUGCCGCGUUGGAUGUCGUUCACGCCGAUUUCUAAUAUCCGUUCGGUUAGCAUUUUUGUUUUGAAUUCUUCGUUAYUAUYAUGACCAAUGAAGCGCGGAACAACUUGAUUCUGGCAAUGAACGACCCGUCUAACAUUCUUUAUUCUGACGAAAUUGUGGUGAUUAUUGCUGACCAGUACCCUAAGUCCGAACAUCACUAUCUAGUUAUGCCCAAGGAAGAUUUGUUGGAUGUCCGCUCGCUCAAGGRUCACCAUAUACCCAAGCUCAUCUAUAUGGAGCUCAAAGGCCUUGAGUAUGUAAUGCAUUCAACUGGACUGUUAGCGCAAGAUUUACUAGUUGGAUACCACACUUUUACAUCAAUGAACCGAUUGCAUUUGCAUGUGUUGAGUAAAGACUUUUGUGGUUCCCAUAUGAGGCWACCCCACCAGUGGAAUUCAUUUAAUACGGAUUUCUUUAUACCUACUCAUAAAAUAAUUUCUGAAUUACAAACUUUAGGACAAAUAAUAUUGCCGCCCAACAAGAAAUUUUUGCAUCAACCACUUCAAUGUAAUAAAUGUGAAUUCUUUACCAAUGACAUUAAUCAUUUAAAAUUACAUUUGAAAAUGGUUCACUGUUUGCCACAAGUCUUUUGAUAUUUUUUUAUCAAG